AUGGUCGUGAUCACUCCCACGCUGGCCGACGUCGCCCCUUCCAACUGCGAGCUCAAGCUCGACUCUGGCAGAUGCAUCCAGUCAGUUUCCUUCUAUCGUUCAUAAAAAUACACCUGAUUGAACUUGAUUCAAUCUAUGGAUUCAACUCAUAUACUUUUAAAAGUUAACUGGUCGAAUUGAAAAACGGUUGUUUUUCUCCUUCUAAUCUAUCGAACAAACGUGGAUUACCGUUUCCUAGACUGAAAUAUACCUCAUGUUAGAAAAAUAGCAAUUUCAGAUACGUAGCGGCUUGCGAUGCGAAUCCUCGGAAACGCGUCAGCGACGAGGAGCUGCCAAUUUCGCGGAAGAACAGCAAUGGCAACGGUGAGUGACCACUCAAGGGUCCAGUGCUCAGUGAGCAGUUAGAGGAGAGAGGGCACAGAGAACAAGCGGAUUGUUGAUGUUUGGUCGUUUGUUAGAGGGGCAAACAACUUUCGAAGGUCUUGCCAAAACAACUUUCUUCAGUCUCCAAACAUGAAAAGAACCAAACUGAUAACUUCUAUCUGGUUAAUAGAUAAAUACAUAUAACUAACAAGCAUGUGUUUUUUAGAAAAUAAAAACUUGCAUUUUUCAGAACAACGAGAAGACUGGGAAGGCGUGAACUCGCUGUGCCACUCCCUGGACAACAUAGUUGAAGUCGAGAUGGAAACUGACUUUUUUGAAGGCAAAACCGUCCUCGAGGUCAGUUCGGCCACCUGUUAACAAGUCUCAUGUAUGAACUUGUAGAUUGGCUUCUCAACUGGCCUUCCAUCGGUCUACGCUUUCGAGAACGGCGCCAGCGAGAUCUCCAUUCAUACUUUGGUCAGUUUGACCUUUGAAUUUCUUCAAAUUAAAACGAAUUUCUUUCAGUCAAAGACGAGUCUGCAAUUGUACUGCAAGCCAACCCUGCAGCGCAACAAUAUCCCCGCUAAUAAGUGCAAAUAUUCGUUCGGCAACCUUGAUGAUCUGAGGAAGGCGCUCGGAGGCAAGAGGUAAGGGCUCUUGUUACCUUUUCAAGUAGAAAUUUAUAAGUACAAAAGAGCAGAAUUGAUUAUUCUAGUUUCUCAGAUUCGACGUGAUCCUUGCUCCGGACCUCUUGAACCGCUCCGAAUCAGAGUUUGAAGCCCUCCACGACAUCCUCAUCGAAGCGAUGGCCGACGGCGGAAUCUGGUUGGUUCAUUGUGCUCCAACGCACUCUUUAUCCCUUUCUUUAGUUUAUUCUCGUGCUUCACCUACUAUCCAAAGGUCGACGGCACCCUUGCCGCGUUUCUCGCGCUUCUGAAGUCGCGCCGAGAGUUCGAUGCUCUCGAGCGGUGGACCUCUCCCAAAACAGACAUUAUUCAGCGAAAAGUGAGUAGAAUUCCUACUAGAAAAAUGACUGAAUUAGUAGGAAUGAAGUAAGGAUUUUCGGAAAUCUUCUAAAAACAAAAUUGAGAAAUGAAAAAACGAGGAUAAAGAAAAAAACGAGAUGGCUCUAACUUCAAUGUUUUUUUCAACUGUAAAAUUUAAGAAACACAAAAAAAUGAACUCAUUUUGCAACUCUCCAUAUAAUCAGGGAAAAAAAGCUAGAAAAAAACUACUUUAAUAAACUUUUUCUAUUUUUUAUUUCCAGGUCUACCAGGUGACACGUUCGCUCUUCUAA